GAUAAGAGAAAAUCGCUCUCGCAGGAAGUUGCGUCCCCGGGAGGAGCCUCGCACGCUCGCGACCGACAGUCCGUUCCUUAUUCGCUCUUCACGUGUCGAACAGUAAUGAGAUCCAACGAUGCGCCUCCAGUGAUACCGACAAGAUGAGAAUCCUGCUGCUUACCUCGCUGCUCGUGUGCGUCGCCGGCACCUGCGCCAGGAGCACCCUUUCGGACCCGCAGUGCCCGACGCCACGACUGAAGAACGGCAGGAUACGAGCCCGCGGCCGCGGUCGUAUCAUCAGGUACAGCUGUUACGCCGACUACGAGCUCGUCGGCAACAAGUAUUCCACCUGCAUCCGCGGCUCCUGGGACACUCCCACUCCCAUCUGCGUCAGCACGAGGUGCCCGACGAUCCCGGCGCCUAUGCACGCCGUGGUCGGCGAGAAGUAUCGCGGCGCCAUACUCAUGUACUUCUGCGAGCCCGGCUACCAGCUCGUCGGCAACUCGGAAAUUUACUGCGACGGACGCCAGUGGAACGGCACCACUCCCUACUGCCGCGAUACCAACGCCGUCGCGCCGACGUCCUGCGACUUCGAGAAAGGAUUGUGCUGGUGGGAGCAGGAUCCCAAACACGACUUCGACUGGGUCAGGCAUAAGUUCGACACGCCGAGCUCGCACAUCGGCACUGGACCCACUCACGAUCAUACUCUUGGUGCUAAUUAUGAUGGGUAUUACUUGUACAUCGAGGCGUCCGGAAGAUUAGUCAACGACGCGGCCAGGAUAAUAUCUCCUCUGUACCCUAGCAAUCUCACCGAAUCCGGAUGUUUUUCUUUCUGGUACCACAUGUACGGCUCGACAAUUGGCAGCCUGAACGUGUACUUCAAACUCGAGAACGAGCAGCCGCCCAAGCUCAUGUGGACAAAACAGGGCAAUCAGGGUAACCAGUGGUUACGUGGCUUAUUCGCUUUGCCCGCUGUAAAUACUAGUUUUCAGGUGAUAAUCGAGGGGGUCCGAGGCACAAGCUACGUAAGCGACAUUGCGAUCGACGAUUUGGCGAUUCUUCAGGGCGACGAGUGCAUUUUGAAAGACGAUACGACUCCCGCAGUUCCGGUGGCCGAUGGUGACGAGGUUGAAAUUUUCAAUGCGAUUCAAAGUUGCAAGGGUCGCUGCAGCCUUAUAGAAACUACUCCGAGCCCCGAGCUUUACUCCAAUCCAGAUGUCUGUCAGUGUACAAUGGACUGCGCCGAAAGUUCCAGCUGUUGUCCAGAUUACGCCGAGUACUGCGUAUACGAGUUUACCGAAGCGAUGGAAACGACAAUGCCUUGGUCGCUGGGAACGUCAUCGGCCACGGAAUCAAUAGCUCGACAAGCGUCAAAUAGAACCGAGGAGGCAACGUCGGAGCAGCCCUCGUUGCCAACCUCGACACCGGCAUUUCAACAAACGCCUGAUAGGAUAAGCCAAACAACAACAACUCCGAGUACUACGUCGACGGCGAUUACCACUAUCACCGCCGCCACCGCCACUCCACCGACGACGACGCCAACCGCCAAAUUUACAAUUCCUACGAGUAAGGCGCGAGUCACGAGCGUCGAAACUAAGCCAACUGCGCCGCCGUCGACUGCGAGCUCGAAGCGGACGACUUUCUUUAAUCCCAGUGUUACUAGGAGGAAAGAUUUGCCGAGCACUAGUACGGGGCCGCACGCGAUAAUUCAGAACGCUCGACAAUUGGAGCCCGAGUCGAGGUUCCGUCUGACAGGCAUCGUAGGCGCAAUGAUCAGCGCACUAACGGCGGUCGCAGUGGCGGUCGCCUUGGCACUGCUCGUUCUACGGUUGCAGCGAUACCGACGUCCAUGCAGCAGUUCGGCCUUCGCCGAGGAUAGCGACGUGCGCUAUCUCACUUCGGACGAGCAGCUCGAUUUUAAUUUGGCGAGGCCAGCCGACGACUGAUGACAUCGAAAAUGA